AUGGAAAAGAGCAACAGGUCUUACCUCACCUCACCAGUGUUGCCACACGGAAAGGUGGAUUCCUUGGUUGACCUCUUCGUGCGAGUUUCCAACCAAGUGGCGGUGAACAUGUACAAACAUCUGGGCUGCAGCGUCUAUAGGACGGCAAAUCCACACAACUACGACGCAUGGCUUGACUACCUGCACCUGCUGGACAGCGAUGACCCUGACACAGUGAGGAGGGGGGGGGGGGGGGGUUAUGACCGAGCCAUUACCAUCACCCCACCCAUCCAGGAGAAGAGGUACUGGAGGCGGUACAUUUACCUGUGGAUAAAUUACACCCUGUACGAAGAGCGGGAGGUCAAGGGCUACAUAAAGCUGCAAAUGCCCGACAUCGAGAAGAUGAUCAAGCGCGAACUGGAACAGCAACGUUCCCUUUACGAGGCACAGUUGGCACAUGAAAACACAGAGUCCGAUCUGUGGCGAAGAUAUGCAGAAUAUGAGAUGGACAACGGGCAGAAGGUCAAAGCAAAAAGCAUUUGGCGAAGGGCCAUAAGCAUCCGGCCAGAUUUCCAGCUCUUCUGGUAUGAGUACAAUCUUAUAUACUCCGAAGAGUCUAAUAUUCCUGAGUGCAGGAAAGUGUUCGAGGAAUGGAUGGCGACGGGCCCUGGGGAACAGGCCUGGCGUUUCUUUAUUGAAAAUGAAUUGAGACACAGGGAGGUGGCUCUUGCUCGCAGCCUGUACGAGCGAUUUGUAAUCGUUCACCCGAAGGGGAAGAACUUGUUGGAUUUCGCUCUCUUUGAGGAAAAGAAUGGCAACAUCACCCACAGCAGAGAGGUGUUUGAGAGGGCGCUGCAAUGUGUUCAAAUAUCCAGAGACCCAGAGUUCUUUAUGGCCUAUAUUCAUUUUGAGGAAGACCAAAAACAGUUUGAACGUGUUCUGAAUACCUACGACCUUGCCUUUUCCAGAACGAGAGUGCUCCUUGAAAACUUUACAAUUUUCAGAAAGAAUUUUGGAGACCAGAGGGUAAUCGAGGACUACUUUACCAGGACAAAUCCACGUAACUACGACGCAUGGCUUGCCUACCUCCACGUGCUGUACAACCAUGAUGAACCUGAAACGUUCACAUUCGCAAAGAUAUGGCUGCUCUACGCGAAGUUUGAAAUCGAACAGAACAACAUGCACGUGGCAGAAGAGGCCCUGGAUCUGUUGGAGUCUCUCGUUCGAUUUGAGAACGACAGGGGUGGGCCAAAGGGCCUUUACAGGGAGUGGCUGGACCACCACAAUCAUGUAAAGGUUAGGAUCGGCUUUGCCAACACUAAGGGAAAGCUAUACGGCUCCACACGGCUGAGCAGGUGCCGGGAGCGGUUCAAAGAGGCCCAUCAGAGCCUCAGGACGUGUGCGGAGGAGGAUAGAAUCAAGCUCCUCAACGCCUGGUAUUUCUUUGAGAGGGAGAAUGGCUCCGAAACCACCGAAAACCAUGUCCUGGCCAAGAUGCCGCAGCAGGAGAGAAGGAUGAGGCGACUGGUGGACGAGGACGGGGAGGAGAGAUCGGAGGAGUAUACCGACUUCACCUUUCCUGAAGAGACCGCCGAGCAGCAUCAAGACUGA